AUGGGAUUUAAAGCUCUCUGUGUGGGGCUGCUUUGUGUUAGCUUUUUAUCUUAUAUUUAUACACCUAUGCCUGACAACAUUGAAGAACCUUGGAAACUAAUAGCCCUGGAUGCAGUUGCUAAAACUUUCUCCCUUACGGCUCUGUGUCUUGAAAACAUAGGUGUUAUGAGAUAUGAAGAAUUUAUCUCCAUGAUAAUCAAUCUGGAUUACACACAACCACAUUCUGACGAACACAUUACAGUAACUGACACUGCCUUUGUUGACAUUCCUGUGCGUUUGUACUUACCCAAGAGCAAGUCAGAAGCCCCAAGACGAGCUGUGAUCUAUUUUCAUGGAGGAGGUUUUUGUUUCGGAAGUUUUAAGCAGAGGGCUUUUGAUUUCCUGAAUAGAUGGACUGCAAGCAAACUUGACGCUGUUGUUGUAGGAGUAGACUACAGGCUAGCUCCUCAGCAUCACUUUCCCGCACAAUUUGAAGAUGGUGUCACAGCAGUCAAGUUUUUUCUUCAGGAUAAAAUGCUUACCAAGUAUGGAGUAGAUCCUACCCGAAUUGCUAUCUCAGGAGACAGUUCUGGAGGCACUCUGGCUGCAGCAGUGACACAACAGGUGCAGAUUGAUCCCGAAGUAAAGCAUAAAUUCAAGCUGCAAGCUCUACUUUAUCCUGGCUUACAGGUGAUUGACACUCACUUGCCAUCACAUCUAGAGAACGAACGUGGUAUAGUUCUGACAAGGGACAUAGCCAUAAAACUUGUGAGUUUGUUUUUCACCAAGGAUGAGGCACUUCAAUGGGCAAUGAGAAAAAACCAGCACAUGCCUCUGGAGUCCAAACAUCUGUUCAGGUUUGUUAACUGGAGUGCUCUUCUCCCUGACAAGUUUAGAAAGAACUAUGUGUACACUGAGCCUGUGCUUGGAAGAUCGGCCUUCUCUCUGCCAGCUCUGAUGGACCACAGAGCAUUGCCCUUGUUAGCCAAUGAUGCUCACUUACAACACUUGCCACAAACAUACAUUCUUACCUGUCAAUAUGAUGUCCUGAGAGAUGAUGGAAUCAUGUAUGCUUCAAGACUUCAAAGUGUUGGAGUAGAAGUAUAUCACGACCAUGUUGAGGAUGGAAUCCAUGGGGCCUUAUCGUAUAUGACAUCACCACUCCACUUGAAUCUAGGGCUGAGAAUAAGAGAUAUGUAUGUUAGUUGGCUGGAUAAGAAUCUAUAA